AUACUUCAUUCUUUCAUCCCCCUCUUUUAUUUCCUAAAAGCUGGUGAGUUUUACAGUAGACAACAGGCACAAUGACAUCGCAGAAAUCGCCGGCCGAGGUCUUUGAAUGCAUUGAUAAAGUGAUCAAAACUGAAGAUGAUUUGCUAGAUUCCGAUCUCAACGGAAUAAUCGAGGCUAUUGAUCAUGUUUUAUUCGAAGCAAACAAGGAUACAAAGAAUGAGUCAAAGAAGCACAAUGGCGAGGAAUGGAAAACGGGUCUUCAAGACUUAGAAAAAUGGGGACACAAGAUCGGAUCAGUUGUCAAGCAGAUUUCGAACUUUUGUGUAGAUAAUGUGGAUAUAGCCGUCGACGUGCUGGAAACGAUUGGAGAGUGUCAUUGGGCGGCAGUUGGUUUCGUACUGGUAGCCUCAGUUUUAGAAAAGUGGCAUACAGUUAAACAUAACGAGAAAGAGUGUCUGGGGGUUCUCAAGUCCAUGAACGAUUUAGCCAAAGUUCUGUUGGAGCUUCGGCCUCUUCGACCUCACGAAACGCCAAACACGCAGGCCAAAAUAAACGAAUCUAUUCAUAUGAUAUUUAAAGGAGCAACGUCGUGUUUAAAAAUGAUGGACAAUGCCUUCGUAAUGAGGUACCUGGUUGAUUUACUUUUUAUUAUUUCUUUGGACUUUUAA